CAAGAUGGUAAGUUUUCUACAGGUUGAUGUUGCUAGACAAAUCCUUCAUAGAAUUAUUACCAAAAGGGAAGGGUUCUCUUGGACAACUAGAGGAGGCAUGGUUGCUAUCCGUGUAGAAGCUUUGUCAGGAUUCACUAAUUCUAUACUCAGCCCUUAUGUCCUUCCAGAGGUUUCACUGAAUGAUCCUAUUGAGAAGUAUAUGACAGCAUUUGAAGAAGCUGAUCCAUUACCUGCUAGCUUGAAAUUGGACAAAGUUAUUAUGAGCUUGGAUUGGAAUCUGCUCUGGGGAUUUUUUUUUUGUUCUACCUUAUCACAAGAUUCGAUGAUGAGAUGCAAUGCAACUAAGAACAAUGGUUAUUGA